UUCCCCCAAAAAACAAAAUGAUUGAAGAUGUGAAAAAGCAGUUUAUGAAGGAAGGAAGAAAAUAUCUGUUUGUUUUGUUUAUUCGAAGCGAAUGAAUACACACACGAAACCAACAAUUUUACGAUGUGCCUUUUUCUUCAAUCCACUCCACCGCCCCUUCUCACUGUUGAGCAUCUCUUUGUGUCUCUCUCUCUCUCUCACGCACACACACACUAACAAACACUGAUAUACACUAGUUUCCCCUUCAUUCGUUGGUUUAUUUGCUUUGCUUGGCUGUCCGCUCACCUGUCUUCCCACCCCCACUUUUUUUCUUCCGAUCCGCUUUAUUGUUAAUUCCAAUUUAACCUAAUUCAGGCCCUCCCGUAUAUAUAAUACCAAAAGAUUGGGUAUUAAUUUAUUCUGUGUAGACAGAGUCGCGCACAACGCAGAGAAUUAAAGGUGAGGAGAAAAAGGGCAGGCAGUAAUAGAAUUUAAAAGCGCCCCAUGAAUUUCGGUUGGUUUUUUCCUUCUCUUUAAUGGCUUUCAUUAUCUUGAAAUUCCGAUUUUGAAUCGUAUUUAUAUGUAUCAUUGCUUCCGUGUCUCAUCCGCUUUUGGGGCCUCAUUUUCGCCUUGUUCUCUUUCUUCGAUUAUCUCUUUCUCGCUGUUCAUCGGUUGUCAUUGAAUUGUGAUUGUGUUGGGACGGCGAUGGACAAUCGGCAUGGUUUGGCCCAGGCACCUCCUCCCGGUCACUUUGUACGCUUGGAGAACAAGAGUGCUGAAGAUAAUCUUUAUUUGAGAAAGAGAACAAGGAUGCGUAGGUGGCUGUGCUGCACUUGUCAAGUAGAGGAGUCCUAUCAACCUGACGAAAAUGAGCACCUCAAGAGCCCGAGGGAUAAUGAUGGGCAUCAAAGAGGCUCAAAGGUGUCUGCUCCGGUGAAACCUGAAGUUCAGAAGGCAGUACCUCCUAUCGAGGUACCUUCUCUCUCCCUUGAGGAACUGAAAGAGAAAACCGACAAUUUUGGAUCAAAGGCACUAAUUGGCGAAGGAUCAUAUGGGAGAGUUUACUUCGCUCAAUUGAAUGAUGGGAAAGAGGUUGCUGUCAAGAAGCUUGAUGUAUCUUCUGAGCCUGAUUCAAAUGUUGAGUUCUUGACUCAGGUUUCGAUGGUAUCAAGAUUGAAGCAUGAUAAUCUUGUUGAAUUGCUCGGCUACUGUGUCGAUGGCAAUCUCCGUGUCUUAGCUUAUGAAUUUGCCACCAUGGGAUCUCUUCACGACAUUCUGCAUGGAAGGAAAGGAGUGCAAGGGGCACAACCUGGUCCUACACUUGACUGGAUGCAACGGGUUAGAAUUGCUGUUGAUGCUGCCAGGGGUUUGGAGUAUUUGCAUGAGAAGGUUCAGCCAUCAAUAAUUCAUAGAGACAUCAGAUCCAGCAAUGUACUUCUUUUUGAAGACUACAAAGCCAAGAUUGCUGAUUUUAACCUUUCCAAUCAAGCUCCUGACAUGGCUGCUCGGCUUCAUUCGACUCGAGUUCUGGGAACCUUUGGUUAUCAUGCUCCUGAGUAUGCAAUGACCGGGCAAUUGACACAGAAGAGCGAUGUUUAUAGUUUUGGGGUUGUUCUGCUUGAGCUUCUGACUGGAAGAAAGCCUGUUGAUCAUACCAUGCCUCGUGGACAGCAGAGUCUUGUUACUUGGGCCACACCAAGAUUGAGUGAGGACAAAGUAAAACAAUGUGUUGACCCAAAACUCAAGGACUAUCCACCAAAAGGGGUAGCGAAGUUGGCAGCUGUUGCAGCACUGUGUGUGCAGUACGAAGCAGAGUUCCGCCCGAAUAUGAGCAUCGUUGUGAAGGCUCUGCAGCCUCUUCUGAAGUCUACUGUCCCUGUUCCUGAGGCUUGAGUUGAAUUGUGAGAGAGUUGCUUGGUUUGGUUCGAUUAUGAUAUACAUGAGGUGCCGCCUAUUUCUUCAGCCUUUUAUUCUCUGGGUUUGAGACGUAUUUGGGUUUCUGUCGUGAUUCGAUUUCUUCUGUUGGUAGUGAUUUAUUGUAAGUCAUGACUGGGAUAUGGGAUUGACUUCUUUGCUGCUAAGGCAAAAGAAUUACGCUUUCAGCUCAUAUACAUUUUUUUUUCUAUCUUUUCAAAUUGUUUGGAUUGAUUGUGAAUGUGGCAUUGGCUUUUUGUGCACAAGUUUUGUAAGCAUUGCAGCUUGGUUGGAAUGCAGAAGCUUCCUUUUUUGAACUCUA